UUCGAGCGGUCCGCGCACACCUGCCUCGCAAUACAACUCACGACUCAGACGACGUUAACGAGAGAAACACCGGCGCACUAGAACCGUUUCUUCCGUCGGCGGCAACAAGUGCGUACCCGGGUAACAUCCCUCCUGCGUACACCGCCCCGGCUGUCACGCGUGUUUCACUCCAUCGAGUUUGACUGUUUAACGGAUUUCUGCGCGGCACGUGAACUUCGUCCGACGUUUACUGCGUGGUGUUACCUUUCUAGUGCCAGUUUGGACUUGAUGCUUGGAUUUUGAUUUCUAACGUUUUCGGCUUCAUUUUUAUUUUUUAUUCAAUUCAAUUUUUUUGGAGGGUUGGAGCUGUGUGUUUGGGAUGAGUGAUUGAUAAUACUGAGCGAGGGUUUUGUGGCCAGUGAAGAUACAGUGCACGAUGGCUUCUGACGAAGAUUGCAACAAUACUUUUACUUAUCCAAUCAUGGACGAUUCCACACAGUCGCCGUCCACCAACAACCACUACAGCAACUGCCUGUCCCCCUCAAACUCCCCGUCCCCCCUACUAAACGCGUACCAUCAAGGACUGUUCUACGAAUAUAGGGAGGACAUGAUUUCCACAUCCCAAGUGUUACCCCAAACCCUCCCCAAGAACCAGGAAAUGUUAACCGGUAUGUCGGGUGACGGCGUUUAUCAGGACUACCACCGUUCAUACUACUCGAAUCGUGACGGUGCGGAAUACAUACGUCAGAAUUAUUCGGAGACGAUGCCAGUGUACGGACAAAGGACCAAUUUUCCUGUGAAAAUCGGUGGACAAGGACAGAAAGUGACGAAGGAGGCGAGAAUCAGGAGGCCGAUGAAUGCGUUCAUGGUGUGGGCCAAGGUGGAGAGGAAGAAGCUGGCCGAUGAGAAUCCGGACCUACACAAUGCGGACUUAAGUAAAAUGUUAGGCAAAAAGUGGCGCUCUUUAACCCCGCAAGACCGACGGCCUUACGUGGAAGAAGCGGAGAGACUGCGAGUGAUCCACAUGACUGAGCACCCCAACUACAAGUACCGGCCGAGACGGCGGAAACAUAACAAACAGCGGGCCACUUCCGCCCAGGGCGCGCGGGUGGGAACGUCGCUUCCCAGUCCCAGUUUGCCGAACAUGUCGCCCAGAUACAACCCCGGCUACAUCCCGAAUUCGCCCAGCGUGGCGUCCCAAGGUGGCUUCCCCACCAUGGACUUCCCCAGUCCGGGUGGCAGUUCCGAAUUUUCGCAGCAGGACAAGCGGUAUUCGCCGGACAGUUACAACAAGUACAGUCCGUACAACAACUACCUGGCAUAUCAACCGAACUACGUGCAGAAGAGUCCCUAUUCGAUUCACACGCCUGACGAGUCGCCGACUCAGAGCCCGGAGCCGAAGGGUAACCUGAAAGGUCCCAAUUCCCCACAAGACACCAAGGACAACGUGCAGGAGAAGACGGCCUUACCGACACCGGAACUGUCGCCUCUGGAUCACGACAAGGACCAAUAUCAAUACGACGACAAACAGAGAGUGUCGAGCAUACAGCACACGAACAAUGUGACAGCCAACAUGACAACCACUAACAUGAGUCCAGCUCAGCAAAGCUAUAACACCAGAGUGCAGAACUACAGACCAAAUAAUACCAACUACACAAACACGCAACCAAUCACAUCAGUGCCAAUGGCAAACGGGAUGUACGUCAUGUGUGCGAACAAAAGUUCGGUCGAACAGGGCCACGUAGUAACGGGCACCUUCUAUCCACCGGUGGCCACGUCCCAGGACCAGCAGUUGCUGGGCACCACUCAAAACAAUCUUAGCACCGUAACAUCGCCGAACAUGAGCUACUACAACACCUCAAUGCCGCAAUAUUAUUCAACACCGUACGAGCAUCCGGAGCAGACCAGCAGCAAAACAGACCAGUACUUGCAGUACCACAACUCACCCAAUCUGAUGCACAGCUUCAAGACUCCGAUGGAGGAGCAGUACAGUGACUACACAGACAAUACGUUAGUGCAAACCUACAUCCCUCAGCCCGAGGAGCGCAGUGAUGCCGACAGUGAAGUGGACACGAGGGAAUUUGACAAAUAUUUGAAGUUUGCAUCUAACGACACCAGUGCUAUAGACUCCAAUCACAACUAUCACAACAGAAACGAUCCGGGCCUGAAUUACAACUUUCAGGCUCAGCACACCUCUGUGAUCCUUCCAAAUAGUAACGUGAAGCCUGAACCCCAUUUCAUCGGGCACUGCCCAGAAGUAUACGAGAUGGGCCAAACGAACGGUGUUACUAAGAACGAGGACGAUUUCAGUGAAAUACUUGCGGGUGUUAGAAAAACAUGUUUCAGUAAUUGAUAGUAUUGUGCAAUUUUUUAGUUAUUAAUUAUUAAGGACGCUAAGACAAUAUAGUUCCUGUCUAAUUAUUGAAAGUUAUUAGCAACUUCCAUGUAAUAUAAAAUAUUGUUUCAAAUGUAUACAAGUUAAUCUUUUAUAUCUUAGAUAAAUUUUUUAUUACAGUUUAGGUAGAUGCAUUUUGGUUUUUUUUAUUGUAAAUAUUGUUUUCGAAAUAUUUUUUAGGGUUUAUUUGUUUGCCACUGUAGAUUUCGAAAUAACUAUUUGUUUAGGCAAUUUUUGAAUAUCACGUUGGUUAAAUAAUUACAAUGCAUUUACUAAACAAUAAUACUAUUACUUCAAGAACACAUAUCACACGAAAAUACUAGUACUUAUUUGUGAUUUAGUAAAAUGUUGAACGAUCUCUUUUUUAUUUAAUUGACAAAACUUGCCUGUUUAUAAGGUUUUUAUUAAAAUUACAUCAAUCUAUUUUGCCUCGUGUUUUAAUAAUUCAUUGAAUAAUAUAUUUUCGAAUAAAAAGGUUGUUCCGAAAUUUAUAUUCAAUAUUUGAGGCCAGUAAAUUGUUAUUUAUUGUUACUUUUAUAUAAUCCUUAUUAAACUAUAUCCCUAAAAUAUUUCCCUUUAUUAUUAAGAUAAUACUCUUACAGAUCUUUUGAUUAUUCCCAUGUUUACAUUACAAAAAGUACCUUUUCAUAGAUAUUAGGAAUCAAAUAUCGAGAUAUUAUCAAUUUGUAUAUUUAUUUUUUAUAUUUAUUUAGAAAUUAAUUGUGUUUCAUUCCAUAUAUGAUGUUUUUGCCGUUAAGAGCAAAACAAAGACUGGUACAUUUUCAGUAACAAGACAAGAAUGAUGACAACAUAAUGCAAUAUCUCUUUGUGUCAAGUGUUCCAAGAUGUAAUACGUUGUUUCCAGAACAUCCUGAAAGAAUUGACACAAAAACAAAUAUCUCAGUUGUUUAACACAGUGUUAAAACACCAUGUACUGUUCAUUUUAGUUGUUAUAAAUAUAUCGUAAUUUAAGUUGUUUAAUUAUAAAUGUAAAGAGAUUUUUAUUUGAAGACCAAAGUUUGUAUAUUCUGUAUAUUAUUUUACUUAUUGGUUAAUAUGUGUAAAUAUAAAUAAUCUGUACAAUUAUGGGAAAUAUAUUAUUUAAUAUU